CUUGGUGGUCCACCCACCGUGGCGGAGAAGCCAGGAGAUGGAGAGAAACACUAUUACAGUAUGCUGACAGAUGAUGACCUCAUGGCAAAAUUGCUCGAGUAUGGCAUCAAAGCUGGGCCAAUAGUGGGCUCCACCAGGUCCUUGUACGAGAGAAAGCUGAGAAGGCUCCAGGCUAAACGUGGCGCCCCAAAAGUUGUAGAGACCAUUGUAAUUUCUUCUGACGAAUACAAUGAUUGGAGCGUUGGCGAUGAUGAAUCAGAGGCAAAACGGGGAGAUGAAGAGAUUGACGUGCAAAAACGCAAUGAGGUCUCUCAUAAAUCAGUGCAAGAUUCAAAAUGUUCUUCAGAGAACUUUAGCAUCACUGAAAUGGUUGAAAAGAUGGAAAAAAAGAUGUCUCCAAUUGCAGAGAGUGAAUCGAUGGAAAACGAUGUACCCGAGUCUUCAACUCAAUCUAAUGGGGAGCUUACGAAAGAUGACUGGGUACAUAACAUACAGGCUGCACGCACAGUGAUAAAUGUCACUUGUCGGAGGCCCAUCAAGGGUGCAGCAGGAAGGCCCAUACAGUUUAACAACAAAAAAUCUACAUUUCACCCCACCAGUAUGGGGAGAAGAGAAAUGGACCAACAAAUGGUCCCAGUUUACAUCCAGUUUGUGAUGUUUUUAAUAGUUGCCUUUCUGCUCUUUGCUAUUGUUGAAAGCGAGCCAUUGACUCCACUUUUGGCUGUGGUGUAUAAUGCAAUGAAAGGUUUCAUCAAUGCUAGUGUGUCCGCUUUGGUUGGAGAUUGGCCUGAGUCCAUUGGGCUACUGGGUGACGCCGGAGCAGUCAGCGGUGCAUUAGUGGGGGAUGAAGAUUCGGUGGAGGCUGCAGUGGGUGCAGGUGUGCCACUGGGCGAUGCAGAUUUGGUGGACGCUGCAGUAGGCUCUGAUAUGGGCAAGGCUACAGCAAGCACUGGUGUGGUGGUGGAUGAAGAAGAUAUGGUGGAGGCUGCAGUGGGCACAGGUGUGCCACUGGGCAACACAGAUAUUGUGGAGCCCAGAGUAGUCAGUGGUGCGUUGGUAAGGGAUGAAAAUUUGGAAGAGGCUGCAAUGGGUAUAGGUGUGCCGUUGGGUGACAGAGAUAUGGUGGAGGCCAGAGCAGUCAUUAGUGCGUUCGCACAGGAUGAAGAUUGGAUGGAGGCUGCAGUUGGUACAGGUGUGCAACUUGGCGCCGCAGACAUGGUGGAACCUGCAGCAGGAAGUAGUGUGUGA